UGCGACUGUCAAUGUCAAAGAACAAUAUGGCUGCUGUAAGCAAUAAUAUUUUUAUGUCAUAAAUUUAUGGUAUUUGCGGAGAUUACGCGGAGCACGUGCUUUGUCUUUGUGUUCUGAUGCAUUUUUAGCAUAUCUGUGAUGAACGGAAUGCUGCCGUCAUUCACUCCGCCCGUUGUCAAGCGUCUGUUGGGCUGGAAAAAAGGCUCAGACGCCGACGACAAAUGGUGCGAGAAGGCAGUUAAAAGUUUGGUGAAAAAGCUAAAGAAAUCCGGCGCUUUGGAAGAACUCGAACGAGCUAUAUCAUCUCAGAAUCAUAAUACGAAAUGCGUGACUGUGCCCAGAAUAAGACCAACUGCUGAAUUAGGCAGCAUUCAGCAGCAAAGAAAGGGUUUGCCUCACGUUAUUUACUGCCGCCUUUGGAGAUGGCCUGAGUUACAAUCCCAUCACGAACUGAGAGCUCUGGAUCAUUGCGAGUAUGCUUAUUCGUUGAAAAAGGACGAAGUCUGUGUAAAUCCUUAUCACUACACAAGAAUCGAAAGCCCUGCAUUGCCCGCUAUUUUGGUACCCCGCCAUACAUUGGGCGACGAGAACAAUCUCUUUCCACAUUCUUUGGAGGAUUUAAGCACUUCUGUACCAGAGAAUACUUCAUUUCCUCAUAAUACCAGCAAUUUGGGAAUCCACAUGCAGCACACUGGAGGGUACAUGGAUACAGUUGGAAUAUGCCCAAACGGUACACCCACUAACAUGGAGUCGCCUCUUAGCAUUGUGCCGCCAACUGAAACUCCUCCCCCGGGCUAUAUGUCGGAAGAUGGAGAUCCUAUCGAUCCCAAUGACAACCUCAGUCUGUCAAGAAUUACCCCCAGCCCUCCCGUCGAUGCUCAACCCGUUUUAUAUUGCGAACCAACAUUUUGGUGCAGUAUCAGUUACUAUGAGCUGAACACGCGAGUCGGUGAAACGUUCCACGCCAGUCAACCCUCAAUCACGGUCGAUGGGUUUACAGACCCCAGCAAUUCCGAAAGAUUUUGUUUGGGCCUUUUGUCGAACGUCAAUCGGAACACUGUCGUCGAACAGACGCGGAGGCAUAUCGGCAAAGGGGUGAGACUGUAUUACAUCGGCGGCGAAGUGUUCGCCGAAUGCCUGAGUGAUUCGAGCAUAUUCGUGCAGUCGCCCAACUGCAACCAAAGAUACGGUUGGCAUCCGGCUACCGUGUGUAAAAUACCCCCAGGCUGCAACCUGAAAAUAUUCAACAACCAGGAAUUCGCCGCCUUGUUGUCGCAAUCGGUCAGUCAGGGAUUCGAGGCGGUGUUUCAGUUGACGCGCAUGUGCACCAUCAGAAUGUCAUUCGUCAAAGGUUGGGGAGCGGAAUACAGGCGCCAGACGGUGACGUCGACACCGUGCUGGAUAGAACUUCACUUGAACGGUCCCUUACAGUGGUUGGACCGGGUCCUGACCCAGAUGGGUUCUCCUAGGUUACCGUGCAGUUCAAUGUCAUAGAUUUGGUGUUUAUCCCAUGUGCAUGUGAAUUAUGAACGCUCGUCGAACGGGAUCCACUCCGCAUUUAACCGUAAUCUGCCAUCUGGAAGGGUGUGGAUGUGCGUAAGUCGUUGCGAUGCCGGGUUUUUUCAUACACUAUACAGAAACGAUAGAACGAGUCCUCGGGUGGGAAAAAUGGGUUCGACAAAGUUGACAGAAACUUAAUGGUUUGUAAUACUUUAUUGUUUUCACUACAACACCACGAAAAAAAAACGCCAAUGUGACGUUAAAUUAAUGAAAAUUGACCUGUAUCGGUAACAAAAAGUUUUUCCAUAUAUUUCCCUGAAUAAUGACCUCGAUGAUUCCGUUCUGUUACUUUUUUACUUAAAUUUACGAAAUUUUUAAAAUUAAAUUUAAAUUUACUUUACCAAAAUUUCUAAGAUUUUAAAACUAGAUUUUUUUAAAAAAAAAUUAUGCAUAUUAUUCAUCUAUUUAACUUUAAAAGUCUCAAAUGAUUUUACUACAACUUGAAAGCGGUCAAGAACGAGAAACAAAUUUUCAAUUUGCCAUUGCACGGUACCGACAUAAAAUAAAUUUUAUACAUAUUCAAAUACAAGAAAACUAAAGCAAAAUUAAGGAAAUUUAGAAAAAUAAAACGAAAUUUUCAAAAAAAAAUUGGCUUAAGAUAAAUGUCCUCUGAAAGUUUGUUUAUUUAGUCUAUGUAGUUUUGAAUCGUCACUAUCACUGACAUUAUUUUCUAUCUUCAUAUUAACUUUUGAAGCUUCUCUCUGAAAGAAAUGGUAUUACAUAAAAAAUAUGAUGAAAUGUGUUCAAGAUUAUCUAAUUCAUACAAUAAUUUCAUUAUUAGAUUAUUUAUCAAUCACCAGUGGGAACAAACAUAAAAAAUCAAAGUUAAAACAGAAUCACCCACUUUUUUUUAAAAUCAGAAGUCUUCUUAACAGAUAAGUUCCCAUUCAACUAAUAGCAAUGCUAUUUAUUUAAAGUCAAAGGUGCAGAAGCCUGACUUCGUAUUCUUCGUCCAAGCAUGUCCCAAACAUUUUCCAUUGGUUUCUGGACGUAAUGGUGAAGAGAAAGUCUACAUUGUUUUAAGUAGUUUUGAGUGACAUCAUCAUGCAUCAGAAUAAAAAUAUCUCCAAUAUAAUCAUCAUAAAGGACAACAAAAUAGUCCACAAUUUCUUCAGUAUAUGUAACAUCAGUUACGGAGUCUCUUGGAGCGAUAUGCAAUUUUGUAUGUGCCUCUAGUGAGAUUGCAGCCUACACCAUACGUGAAGUCUGUGAUAGCAUCUAAGUAUUGCAGGAUAAAUCUCGAUUCUUUGUAAACAGAUUCAGGUCACAAAACGUCAAAUUAAAAAAAAAUGUGUAUGAUAAGUGUUGUUUCAAUUUUAAAUGACUUGUUAAGCACAAUAAGACCGACAAAUGGAGGACUCAGAACUCAAUCAGUCUAAGUGAUAAAAAAAAAAGAAAUAAAUGGUGUUUUAUUUAAGUUGGACAUAAAAAAUACUAUAUCUGUAAAAAUUCAAAGUACUCUUUUUUAUUGAAAGAACAUGCAAACAAAAAAAACUAAAUCGCAAGUAUGGAAAAUAAAAAAAAUAAAACGACACUUAGAAAAAAAAAUUGACUUAAGCUAAAUGCCCUCUGAAACUUUUUUUUAUAAUUAGUCUAUGUAGUCUGAAUCGUCACUAUCACUGACAUUAUUUUCUACCUCCAUAUUAACUUUCGAAACUCGGGUUCUCCCAUUAAUUAAAACUUUUAUAAGAGAUUUGGCAUUUACUACUCGUUGUCAUGUACUAUGGUUUUUUUCUGCGUUCUCUUCCUUUGAUCUCGGUCUCCAUGUUGGUACCGUCGUAAUUCUCGGUUUCAUUGUCCGCAAGAACCUCGUUAAAAAAAUUAUUAAAAAUGAUUUAAAAAAGUAUAAACAUAAGUGCUCAUUAAUAAAAAAAAAUGUAUAUGUUUUGUCGUUACUCCGACAGUUAGAGGGCAAAAUUGUCGUAAUUGGUUCCUUAACUCUUAUUUGAAUCAAUCAUCAUAUUUUGUUUAAAAAUCUUAACUCUGCGGAAAAGGAACUACUUCAAAGUAAUUAUUAUUAUUAUUUAUGCAACAUUUCAUUGAAUUACCCUUUCGCAACUAACGUAAUGUAGGCUGUCGAGGUUCCUUAAUUUUUAUUUUGACCCGCCCAGUUGACAGACCAAAGUAUCAACGACAUUUUUGUAGUGUUUAGUUUGUUUGUUAGAAAAUGAAAAAUACAGGAGCCUAUUUCAUUGCAUCUCCGUUUUCCGGUACCAAAGUUUACGCAAGCCAUGUGAUGGUAUAUAGAACUUUUUGUAAAUUUCAAAUAACUCCUAAAAAUGGCAGCACAAUAUCAUAAAAUUUUAUGUGCAAGUUCCAAAACUGUAACAAAAUCCGUUUCGAGUAAAUUGGCGCAUAGGCCCUUAAGCAACUGCUCGCAACGAUUUUGGAGCUUAGCGUGUUACCGUGAAAUUUUGACAUGAUGAACUUUUUUUUAUGCGAGUACCCGACAAUUUACCUUCAUAUUAUUGUAAUUCGUAAUCGGCAGUGGCUGUACAAAUUUAAAUUCGAAACAGUCGGUAAUAUUUUUACAAUGUAGCGCGAAAUAAACUUACGUGACGCGAAUUUGCAAAUAGUUCGUUCCAAAUCGAGUACGACUGAUGGUAAUACUAUUUUUUGGAGUGGGUCCCCAUAAAACAUAACUACGUUUAAGAAUUUUUGAUUUUAAAAGUGAUUAUAUUCUAUUAAGUGCGUUAAAUUGAGUCGUGAGCAAAAUGAAAAGAUUUUCAUUAAGUGAUAUUGAAAUUUAUUAUUAUUACAGUUUAGCUUUAUAUAGAAAAAAAGUAUAUUUUAACAUUGUAGUUGUUCCGCAAAGUUUGUUUUCGGAUGAUGUUGCUGCUAAAAAUUUUAUGUACAGGUUGGGCCCAACGCAAAAUCUUGUUUAGUUCAUUCCGUAACGCAAAUCUAUAUACAGUCUGUCUUUUUAAUCGUUCAAAAAUAUUACGGUUUUGAAUUGUUUACACAACUCGUCGGCUCAACCUGUAUAUUUACGUUCUAAGUCAAACUAGUUUUCUGUUAGAGUUAAGCGUUAAUAAUAAACGUUUGUUGUAACGAUAGGAUUUUAUUUGCUAUUAUACAUAGUUUCUAAAAUUAAGAGAUGUUCAUGUUUUCGAUGUUGGUGUUAUUUUUUUUACCGUAUCACAUUAUAACAUGUUUUGUUUGUCCAUUUGAAUCGUAUAAUUUUAUCCACAUUUUGUCGAAUGAUAUAUUUGAAUAAACCGAGUAAAACAUGCCAUCA